AUGAAAUUAGACCCCGAAAAACCCACCGUUUGUGUUCUUGAUGCAUCAACUUAUGUGGGCUUUUGGAUUCUUAAGGGACUAUUAGCUAGAGGGUAUACAGUUCAUGCAGCCAUCCAAAAGAGUGGAGAGACAGAGAUAGUGAAGAAAAUAAGGGAUUUGGAGAGGACAGAGAAGGGAUUAGCAGUGCUUAGUGUGGAUGUGUUGGAUUACCAUAGCAUUUUCCAUGCUUUGAACGGCUGUUGUGCUCUGUUUUGCUGUUUGGAUAGUCCUGAUGGAUAUGAUGAUGAGAUUGCAGAUUUAGAGGUGAGAGGUGCAAUCAAUGUGAUGGAAGCAUGUGCACAGACAGAGAGCAUAGAGAAGAUUGUGUUCGGCUCUUCAUUAACUGCUGCAAUAUGGAGAGAGAAUAUUAGUUCAGAGAAGGAUGUGGAUGAAAGGUCAUGGAGUGAUAAAGAGUUUUGCAGGAAGAUGAAGUUGUGGUAUGCCUUAGCAAAGACGCUCUCUGAACAAGCCGCUUGGGCUUUAGCCAUGGACAGAAUGCUUAACAUGGUAUCCAUCAACGCUGGACUGGUUGUUGGGCCAGGUGUUGCUCGACAAAAUGCCCAAGUGACAAUGUCUUAUCUUAAAGGGGCAGCACAGAUGUAUGAAAAUGGGGUCCUAGCAUUUGUUGAUGUGAAAUUUCUAGCUGAUGUUCAUAUUCGAGCUUUCGAAGAUCAGUCCACUUGUGGCAGAUACUUGUGCUUCAAUCAGAUCGUGAAUACUGACAAGGAAGCGGUGAAACUUGCAGACAGCUUGAGCCCUUUGAUAUCCCUACCACUCAGGUAUGAAUACCAUGGGCAUGAAGUGUAUGCUGAGAGAUUGAGGAACAAGAAAUUGAAAAAACUGGUUCAAGGCAAUGCCUAUUAG